AUGAUGUAUCCUCACUCCCGCCUCUUGCUUGGACCAUCACACGCAGUGGUUGUUUCAGGACCUCACAUACAGGUUAUUAAUACACGAAGCGGAGAAAUUGUACAUUCGACUGUUGAUCUUGAGGGUGCGGAGAAGGAUGCGCUACUCAAGUCCGGUCCUGUUCGCUGCGCUGCAGCGGAUAGCGAGUUCUUGCGUAUCAUUACUACAGGAGACGACAAGAAGCUGAAGGUAUGGCAGAUAGACGGCUUGAAGCUUCUCAGCGAAAGAGAAUUGCCUAAGAAACCGACUCAGAUCGAUUUUACUAGAGAUGGACAGACCAUCCUUGUAUCCGACAAAUUCGGAGACAUUUUCAGCUAUUCUCUUCAUUUUAACAACAUCAUGGCCCCUUCUACCGCAUCGCUCAUUGGUGCUUCAAAACGCGGCGCUCUCACAUCACACGAGAACCCAUCUAACGGCACACUCGUCCUUGGCCACGUCUCGUUCCUCAUCUGUUUCCUUCUCUCCCCAGACGAGCGAUACAUUAUUACAGCUGAUCGUGAUGAGCAUAUCAGGGUUAGCUGGUACCCCCAAGGAUACAGCAUCGAGAGCUACUGCCUAGGCCAUGAAAAAUUCGUUUCGGCGGUCCACAUCCCGGCCUUUGCGCCCUCCACUCUUGUAUCUGGCGGUGGUGACCCAGUAUUUAAGCUCUGGGACUGGAUGACCGGCACACUCCAGAGCGAGAUACCUGUCCUCGAUGCGGUCAAACCGUUCAUCAAGGUGCAGGCUGUUAAGGGGAAGUGGGGACGUGAGGACGGCGAGGAUGGUGAGGACGACGGUGCUGGACAGCAUGCAAGGGGCAAGAAGAAGCGAGGUAAAAGGCGGAAGGGGAAGGAACAAGUGAGGGAAGAUGAUCGGGCUGAUGGGGAGGCUGAUGGUGCUCCAGAGGUAGCAGAGGAGGCAGAGGAUGCUGAUACUGAAGGAGAGGGCUCACAAGAGGCUGAUACAUUAAAGGAGUCUCAGGUUCGAGCUGGGACCAGUAGAGCGGCCGAAGGAGGGGGGAAAAGUACUGCUCCCAGCGAAGAAGAACAGAACGAGAAGUUGGAAUGGGCGCAGACCGACCAGGCUCAGGCGGAUCGAUUCGUAUUGGUGGUGCAUAAAAUCCAAACGAUUGACUUCGGUGCGAAGGGUCGGUUCCUCAUUUUCAGUGCAGUUGGUGCAACAGCGUUGUUCUACUGCGCCUUCCCAGAUGCGGCCGCCGUUGCCCCUCCGACGGUACAACAUGUGGACUUCGAAUGCCCUGUGAUUGACUUCACAAUCGGUGCAGACGGCCUCGUCUGGGUGCUGCUAGAUGUCGCAUGGAGCAGUUGUGCUGGCAACGCCGAGGAAGCCAUAGAUAAGACACAGGCUGUUAGACUUUGGUCUUGGGCUACCGGAGCACCAACCGAAGUGCGCGGAAGUGAUGUACCACCACUCUUAGCGUCUCUUCAAUCUAAAUGUAUCAUCUCAGCUACACCCGAUGACCUCAAAACGCUCGACACAUACUCAGCAUUAGGAUCUCUGCCAAAGAACGUUGACCCAGAGCACGACUCUCUGAAGCGCGACAUCUUGUCAGAAUUCACUAUUGAGGGUGAUGACCAGGAGAGUGCCCUGCAAGCGAAGGGGAAAGGAAAAGGAAGGGGAACGCAGGGACAGCUCACGCAGCGCGAGCAGGCGCGGCUAAAGAAGAAGCGCGCGCUCGCAGAAAAGCUCCAAAAGGAGGCGCGGGAUGGUGGGAGUGCUGCUCCUGAUACGCCAGGCGGCAAUGCGGGUGAGCGGGAGAGCAAGAGGGCGAAGUCAGAAAGUGAUACGCGUCCCAAUGUAGAGGAUAUCAAUGCUAUGGAUGAAUCGUGA